CCCUAGCUACAAACAUAGCUAACCUAACUGGAAGGCGAGAGACGGCAUUACUGGGAUUGAGCAUUUCCCAACUAAAAGUGGAAUAUCCCGGGCUACAAUGGCCUCGUUGGGGGAACCUGUGCGACUAGAAAGGGACAUCUCUCGUGCCAUCGAGUUGCUGGACAAGCUCCAGAGAACAGGGGAAGUACCACCCCAGAAGCUGCAAGCGCUGCAAAGGGUUUUGCAAAGCGAGUUCUGCAAUGCUGUACGGGAGGUUUAUGAGCAUGUGUAUGAGACGGUGGACAUUAACAGCAGCCCAGAAGUCAGAGCCAAUGCUACGGCAAAGGCCACAGUGGCAGCGUCUUGCAGCCAGCGAGGGCCAUUCCACCCCCUUGUGGAGCUCCCGAAGACCGAGGAGGGCCUGGCUUCAAUAUCAUGGGAGUGAAAAGAGCAGAACUCUCCGAUCUACAUCUCCCGUAUCAUCCCUGGCGGCAUCGCCGACCGCCACGGUGGCCUGAAGAGGGGAGACCAGCUGCUUUCUGUUAAUGGAGUAAGUGUGGAAGGGGAGCACCAUGAAAAGGCAGUAGAGCUUUUAAAGGCAGCUCAAGGCACAGUCAAGCUGGUGGUCCGCUACACGCCUAAAGUGCUGGAAGAGAUGGAAUCCCGGUUUGAAAAGAUGCGAUCUGCUAAACGCAGGCAACAGAACAACUACCCACAGUAGGGUAAUCUGCCUGUGGCUCCCAUAUUCUUUUUCUUUCUCUCUCUCUCUCUCUCUCUCUCGCGCUCUCUCCCUCUCUCUCUCGUGCUCUCCCUUUCUCUCUUUGUUUGUCUGCACUUGCUCUCUUCCUCUACCCAGGGAUUGGCUACAUAUAAGGCACUUCUUUUGCUCCUUUUCUGGAAUUUUCUAGACCCUCAUGACCUUGUAAUUUUCAGUAAUUUUCUUGUGGCAUGAACACUACUUGGGUUUUUUUACACACACACAUAGACAUGCGUUGUGUAAUUGUGUACACUACGUGCAUUACUCAGCCUGUACUAUCUAUUGGACAUUGAUUAGUCAGAAUUGCAAGGGGACACUCACUAUGAUCUGCUCUUGAGAUUUAAGUGGGUUGUCAAGAACAAGCUAAAGGUGCCUCAAGAGGUAAGGAAAAUGUAAGGAACAGUUGUUCUUGAUUGUGGCUGUAUGACUUCAUAUGCUUGCUUACAAAAAUCUAAAUAAUUUUCUUAUUUUCAACUGGAAAAAUGUUUGAGGUUUUUUAUUCCACUAUUUAUUUUUUGUUACAUUUUUAUAAGAUCUUAAUCACUCAUCUGAGAGAGAGGUGACCAAAAAGUGAAUCUCUGUUUAAUCGAGUCUGAUGAUGCUUGACCUUUGUCAUCUUCAUGAAGCUCUUUUUGUGCGUCACUGUAGUGACUGCAUCCUUAGAACAGUUUGUAGGGGAUGCCCUGUUUUUAUUACUUUUGUCCUAGUUUUCUAGCAGGAAUAGUGCUUUUAGAACAAAAAUCCCAUUUAAGCUCACCGUCAUACAUGGUCAUGAAGCAGCAAGAAAACAUUAGAAUGCAGGAUACUAUAGAAGCUCUAACCUUUCCCCCCAAUAGCAAAAUUGGCCAAGCAGUUAUUAAGCACGAAGCCAGCCCUUCAUGAAAGGUUUGAUUACAUAAAGGUGUUUUUUUGGUUUUGCAAUUUAGAACACAAUAUAGCUGUGUGCGUGCAGUAAUUUAGGUUUAUUUUUUUGUUGUUGUUCCCACUUUAGUCGGUACUUUAAGAAAUCAUAGUGAGCUUCAGUAUUUUUUGAGAGGGUUUGUAGUUUCUCAUUUAUCUUUCGAGUUUCCUCGUUCAUUAAGUGGAAUAUUUUUUUUUUUUUUACAACAUACUAAUAUCCUGAUGCAGUGAGGACUGAGUAGCUUCACACUUAACUUUCUCCUUGUACUCAUUUCAAAAUUAAAAAAUGCAAAGCUCAAGAUGUAUUUUUAACCUGAAAUGUAGGUAUUUUCGGUGUCUAACAAGCUGAGAAAAAAAGCUGUCUAUUUUUCUCUGUGUCUCAUGAAAUAUUUAGCACGUUUCUAAUUCUAGAUGCUCAUGAAUCAUCGAGAGCUCAGUGAUGCUUUGGUGCUUGGAGAAAGGAGGGGUUGGGAGAAAGGACGGUCUGAUCUCUCAGAGAAAGGAGGGGUUGGGAGAAAGGACGGUCUGAUCUCUCAGAGAAAGGAGGGGUUGGGAGAAAGGACGGUCUGAUCUCUCAGAGAAAGGAGGGGUUGGGAGAAAGGACGGUCUGAUCUCUCAGAGAAAGGAGGGGUUGGGAGAAAGGACGGUCUGAUCUCUUGCGCAAGAGGUAAUCAUGUGGUUGAAACCUUUUUGAAAGUGUUCUUUAAAAAGUUUGUGAAAGGGAUGGAUUGAACACUUUUGUUCUCUGAAGUUUUCAAAGAGCUCAGUUUGUAUUUCUCCUUCUCUACCUUUCCAUGAUGUAACAUUUUACAACCUGUUAUGCCACUAAAGCAAUAAGACUUGCUCCUUUAACCCUCCCACCACCUCCCCAACCCUUUGACCAUUAUUCACUCCUCAUCACUGUCCACUUUUGGGGGGACUACUAUUUUUGUAAUCACAUUUUCUUCUGAUAUUGCUCCCCUUUUUGAUAAACAAUUUUUUUUUCAUGAGGUUUUUUCCAAGGAAUGAUUUGUAUUGCUUUUUUGAGUACACUGUCCCUUCAUUUUCGAGUACAAAGACCAAACUUUCAGCCUUUAUGAAUAGUAUUUGAUAUCAUGUUUAAUGUCCUGUAUGCUAGUUUGGGACUGUUACUUAAAUGAACCUAAUGUUAUAUUGUAUCAUUUAACAAUUCUGUCCUGGUGAGUUACAUUUAAUGUGGAUGUAUAGAAUUACAAAGGAUUAUUUCUUAGCAUUACUUCAAAGUAAUGCAGUUUGAAGCUGCACAAAAUAAAUUACAGAGGAAUAUUGG